AAGAGUUCUUAUCAAUGGACGUCAAAAUCGGUGACAGACAUUCACUUCAACUUUUCUAUGUAGUUUAAUCAACGCCACGAAAUGCUAAAUGUGCUAAAAUAGCAAACAUGGAAGAGGUUAAAAGUGGCAUGGUGACAUUGAAUGAUGGGAAAACACGUCCACAACCAAUAAAAUUGCAACUUUCGAGUGACACACUGACGUUACUGAAGGAAGAGUUGGUUCCAGUUUAUCAGGAAGAAAAUGCAAAUGAACUAAUCAACAAGGUGAGGGAGGUUGUCAUCCAAAAGCAUGAAAAGUCAGGCCUGGGUAUUAGUUUGAAGGGUGGUGCUGAGAACCGACUCCCUGUGCUUGUCUCCAAGUUGGUGACUGGACAAGCUGCAGCCCUUACUGGAGGGCUAUAUGUAGGAGAUGCCAUUUUAAAGGUGAAUGGAGAACCAUGUGACAGAGCUACCCAUGACGAGGUCGUCAAUUUAUUAAAAUCAGCUGGGUCAGAGGUCACAUUGGUUGUAAAACACUUCAAACCUGCAGCCAUUUUUCUCAAUAAAGAUCAGCCGACAGGUAACAACAACAAUUCUCCAAUGGAAGAAGACUCCUCACAGUUCCCACGUCUAGAACGUCAGUGGUCAGUCUAUGUUUCCAUACCUCUCCUGUUUGCCUAUCUCACUCGUUACUGUCCUGGGACGGACAAACUCAGAGCAAAUGCAUUUGAAGUUGUCAGCGUUGAUGGAGCAUCGACUGGUGUGAUUCACUGUGAUGAUAGUCAUUCAUUGGCUGAUUGGAUAAGGGCAAUCACCAACAACAUCUCAUCUUUGUUAACACAGAUGAUCAAGAUGAGCAACAGGCUGCUGAUACCAGAGGAACAGAUCUUGUACAUGAGUUGGACCCAGGAGCGAGUGUCACCAGCCAGACAUUGGCAGGCAUGGAAACCCAAAUUUGUAGCAUUGAAGGGAGCAGACGUCUGUCUUUUUGAUAUGCCACCAAUGCAGACAAGAGACUGGGUACGAUGUGAUACAGUAUUCAAACUCUACGAGUGUAUGUUUAAAGUAUUAAAGGACUCGGAAUUGCUGGAUGACCGGCAGCACUCCUGUACCAUACAGACCGGGACAGGAGAGAAGUUUUACCUGAGUACAGACAGUCGCAGCGACUUGUUACACCUGGAGAAGGCCUGGUACAGGUGUAAUCACAACAGUAUUGUCAAACUCAAGAGUCGAACUUUUGGGUGUACAUGGCGUGGUCGCUUGUCAGGGUUAACUCUUGAUCUUGAAGCAGGAUUCUCCUUAUACGACAGUGAAACAAAGAGUUACAAGUGGGUCUAUAAGUUUUCAAGAUUAAAGGGAUCGUCUGAUGAUGGGAAGUCCAAACUUAAGUUACAUUUUAGUACAGAGACGUCUGGUGUUGAAGUUCGAGAAGUGGAAUGCACAAAUCUACAAACACUGCUGUUUUGUAUCCAUGCAUUCUUGUCUGCCAAACUUGCCUCCGUAGAUCCAGCCUUUCUCACCAACUACUGACCAGUUGAAUCUCAUACCAACUACUGACCAGUUGAAUUUAAUUCUUAUACCAACUACCGAGCAGUGGAAUCUCGAACCAACUACUGACCAGUUGAAUCUGAAUCUGGAACCAACUACUUACCAGUUGAAUCUGGAACCAUUUACUUACCAGUUGAAUCUCCAACCAACUACUGUCCAGUGGAAUCUCAAACUAACUACUGUCCGGUGGAAUUUUGAUCAAUUAAAAGAUCAAUUUAAGGGGAGAUAACACCAAACAUCACAAAUCAAGCUUUUCAAAUGAUGAUAUGGUAGAUAUUAGUAAAAGCAGAAAAUAUGACGUAUUUUAGCUUUAAUUUGGGAUAGAGAGGUGUUGUUGGAGAUCAUUGGUGAAGUUUUACCUGUAAAAUACAUGUUUUGGCAGUUUAAAGAUUUAGCAAAUUUUUUACCAAUAGUAGCUAUAUGUGACUUUCAAUGCUUGAAUGAGAAAUAUGUGAUUAGAUGACGGGAGAUAUAUAAUUGUUCCCCGAAGUAUAUCCUCUACAUCAUCUUUUCACCAACAAUUCGCCAAACACAAUUUUGUCUAGAAACACAUGGUUCUCACAGAUAUAUCGUGUUAUGUAACUGGCAAAAUUUCACCAAAAGUUGAGCAGUUUCCAUGAAAAGUCCUGGAAUUUAAUGAUAGAAAGUCCUUGAAAAGUCUUUGAAUUUUGAUCACUGUCUGUAUGAACCACGUAACAUUUUGUUUCCAAUUUGUGGUUUUAAACAAAAUCCAUUGACAUUGACAUCCAAAUUAUGGAUACUGAGUAUAGUUAAGCUUACAACCUUAGAAUGACAUAGUCUGUCUUUAUGUUGUUAAGACAGUUAUUUGAGGUUAUUGACUUUUCCUAUUCGUUGUUAUAUGUUAACGGUUGAAAAAUGUUGUUGGGGAGGGAUUUCGUAGGCAGUCCUGCUUCCUCCCAUUGUUUGUUAUGGUACAAUGUAGUUGAACAUUGAUAUUUGAAAGAGAACUUUGUUAUUUCAAUAUUAAUGCUUUCACAAUAGAAUUUUUCAGAAGAGAUUUUUUGAUAUUUCAGUGUUAAAUUCAUUAUCACAAUGGAAUCUUGAUAAUGUAGAGUAUUUGAACUUUACUUCCCCUAUAUAGGCGAUAAAAAGAAAUUUCUUGUGUAUACUUAAAAAAAAUUGUGACUUCAGUGAUGUUAUUGUGAUAUGGUCGAUAAUGUCUGUUGCUAUGACGAGUAGGCUACAAAAUGGCUGUGAUAAUAGAACUUGUUAGUGUGUCCUGUUUUACAACUAAUCAUAUUUUAAAGAUUCAAUUUCUUGUUUAUUUUUUUUGAAAAUUUCAUUUAGCAUAACAUGAAGAGUUUUACAUACAAAUUAGGUUUCAUACAUCAAACUUUUUAUUUAUUUAUAUUUCAUCUGAUCACCUGCAAUGUUUUGUUUUUACCUGGACAUGUUAGUAUACAUAAAUUACCUUCUACAAAGACAAUAUAGAUAAAACUGUAUAAGUACUUACCUAUAAAAGUCAUCUAGGUACCAUUGAUUAUAUAUGAUAUACCCGGUAGGCCAUAUUUUAUGUCCAACCAUUUCAUCAUAUAAUGUUUCCUUUGACUGUCUUUCCAUCAUAAUUCUUUUCUUCUCAUUAGCUCACUGGUAACGAAUAACCGUGAGCUAAUGCUGUACCCCCGGUGUUGGUGUCGGCGUCACACCCCACUAAGUUUUUAGGGUAAGUUUUUGGAAUCAUGCAGAAAUUUUAGUUUUUUUGGCACCAAAACCCACUUCAAAGAUUUUUGGGUAUGUUUUGGAAAGCUUGCAAGUCCACACCCUUCUUAUUUGGUUUAUACAUCCAUUAGAGGUUUAGUAAUGAUAUUAUGUGACGUGCAAUUUCAAAAUGACAUGCUUAAACAUACAAAAAAAUGAGUGUAUACUCUGAUUGCUACUGCCGGUUAGCUUCGUAAUCAUUGAUUGCACUUGUUUUACUUAUACAGAUAUAGAAUUGUUGUUUGGUAUGUAUACUGUAGUUGUUUGAUAAAUUAAUAAUAUACAGGUCAAGUUCAGAUUGGGUCAGUUUACUUUUUCUAGAGAAGUGACUUUUUAACUUAAAGAAUUUCAAUUAAAAUUUCACAAAAACAGUUUAGCAAAAAUCAAAGAGCCUUGCAUACCUCUAGUGGGAAUCUUUAAAAAAAAAUCAUAGAAAUAAUUAUACUAAUCUUCUCCUUGGUUACUGGUGGGGGUUACUUGGGGUUACUGGUGGGGGUUACUGGUGGGGGUUACUGGCGGAGACAUGUUUGUCACUCUGAUACCUGUAUACGUAGUUAAUCUUAUGUUAUGAGCAGGUGUGGAUCAUUUAUCAUCCUGGUAGCGGGAAAGAUUUGAAGAUCUGAUUCCAAAGGGAAUUAUUUUUCACAGGGAUUUGUUUUACUAAUGUUAUCCAAACAUGUCUUAUUUGAUCUUGUUACUAGCUAUAGGUUGUUUACAUUAGAAAAUACUCAAGAGUUCUUUUUUAUAACCAACAAUGAAUAAAAAAUACAAUAAAGUUGAUUGAAGUGUUUUAUAAAUACAAAUGGAUCAACGCUGAAUUUGUGAUGACCAUUGAUGUUAUACAUUGAGAUUUCAUACAGUGUUGACGAACAUGUACUUUAAAUCAACAAGUUAAUUACAAAGUCCAUCUCCAAACCUUUGACUUCUGUUAUAAAAAAAAAGCAGAAAUUGAAAUUACACAGAUUCGGUAGCAAAUCGUAAAUAAAAACCAGCAAAACUAAAAUUGUAUGGCAAUCCAUUGACUGAAUACUCUCUAGCUGGAAGGAACUUUUUAUUGUUUAUAAAUGCGUUUUAACAAAAUAAAGGGAAUUGUUUAUUCAUUC